AUGGUUGAAAUCACAAUGAUUAGUGUAUUAUUUUUAAUGACAGAUUCCUUUUGUUUAUGGAAAACAUAAUUCACUGAAUAAACAUUUUCAACUUUCCCUUCAAAUUGGUAAAUCACUGGGGCAUAUAGUGGAAAUAGACUUUCUGACUGUUCAGGUACUACAAUUGUUGGGGGAUGUGGAAUUGUUGGAUCAGGAAGCUAAAUACAUGGAUCAUACUCUAACCUUCCAAAUCACAGCGCACUCAAAGUGAGAAUAAAAAUGUACUAUGUUGAUUCUUGGGAUACAGAGGAUGCUUGGAUUAAUGUGGCUGGAUAUGUUACUCAAAGAACUUGGUAUUUAGAUUGGGGACCAAGUAAUAUCUGUGGAGUAGGUUAUAAAGAUGGAGUUAUUUGGGAAACUUUAUAAGGGGCUCAUAGUGCAGAUUCUUUCAAUAUUUAAAUUACCAAUGGAUUGGAUGAAGAUGCAGGCAAUGGUAAAUUAAUAAUCAUAUUUGUAGAAUCAAUAGGUUUAAAGGAUGUUGAAAUAUAUCUAAAACCAAUAUAAUGCAUAUAAUUUUUUAGUGAGUGUAAUUAUACUGGAAACAUGAAAGAACUUUGUCAAGGUUCUCCAAAUUUGGAUAGAAGAAAUAUACCUUAAAAAAUAAAAUCAAUUAGACUUCAUGGCUGCGGAUAGGUUAAAUUAACAAAAAAAGGAUUGGGUUCAAUCACAAUUACUGAGAAUACUCCUUGCUUAACAGAAUUUGAUGUAAUUAAGCAAAUAUAAAUUUAAGUUUCCUCCAGUAGAAAAUUUAAAUAGAUGA